AUACAAUCUCGCGCAAUCAUGUCCAAACAGAAGGACCCCGAAGACAGCUAUUCAGAGGAGGAGAGCGCAGAAGAGGAUUCCGUGGCGGGGUCAGAAGGUGACGAAGAAGAGAGCUUGUAUGAAGUGGAACGUAUUGUCAAGUACAGAUUUCACAACGGCAACCACCAAUACCAUGUGAAAUGGAAGAAUUAUCCUUCCAGCGACAAUACCUGGGAGAACGUUGAGAACCUGGACAAUUGCCGCGAUACAAUUGCCCAAUUUUGGCAAAAGACCCGACAACCACGUCCAAACGAUACCCUUUCCCAUACGGACGUGAAGAGUACACCGCAGGACGAAGGCUCUGAGACAGAGAAAAAGUCAUCGGUAAACGAAGACGAGACCGAGUUGUGGGAUGAUCUUGUAGAGUGCAUUGAAGCCGUCGAGCCGGCUACUUCGGCAUUGAAGAUGCGUGUGACGGUAAAGUGGAAAGAAGGGGUGCGCAGCCAGCAUGACGCAUCUGUCAUAUAUUCCAAGUGUCCCCACCAGGCGCUACGAUUUUUUGCAGAACAUGUUGAUCCCCCCUCAGAAUGAAUUUAGUCUGAAGGACAGAUCUGGCGAUUGCCGUGUAUUGCUCUGAGAUCAGCUUGCAUUGGAGCCCAUCACAUUCCGUAGCGAUUCCUAGUUAUUAAAGCAUGAAUGCCUCGCGCCGCCAGCACGGAACGUGUGAGGAAUUCAGUCAGUUUGCGGUUUGCUUUAUUAUGACACUGAUCAUGCCAGAAAGAAGAGUCGGCAACCGGAGUGACUGCCGCGCCGCGUUGCCUCUGCUACCUAUAUCCGUGGAUCCCCUCGUAAUAGACGCGAAAGUUGCUGCCGCAUACGCCGGCAGCAAUUGCGCUAAUAGACGACACAAUAGGAAGACAUUACGCGUUCAAUAAUAGUUGGAUCGCUUUUCUAAUAUGCGAUGUAUCGUAUGAUUCCUAUGGUAGUAACCCAAUCUGAGCCGCCAUUUGCAAUCUUUAGUAGGUCAUAGAUUGAUCACCUUGAUUAGCUCUUGCGCUUCUUUCUUGGCUGCAUGAAUUUGUUUCUGGAUAAUGGUGAAUUGAUGUGCCGCUUGCAC